GCAGAAUUCCUAUUCUCGAACUACGUCUUAGGAUUUGAGGACCAAACUUCCACCAUGUGAAGUUGUCACAUUAUUCCAGAUGGGUGCAGAUGGGUAUAGAAGGAAAUAGAGCCAAGGCACAUUUACUGUAAUAAAGAGUGGAGGCGAAGCACGGCAGAAGAUGGCAAAAGAUGGGGCCUGGCAGGAACUCUACUGAGAGACCCACCGAAUUAAUUCUACUAUGCAGUGGCUAUGAUAUAUCAAGAGGUCUCUCCCGAACCCAAUUGAUAUCCAUGAAUAAACUACAGAAAUUGAGCUGCUGCUGAAAAUCUACUCAGGAUGUCAGAAAUUGCGUUCUCUCAUAUCUCGGCCAAACCACUGCACCCAACCUUUGGUGCUGAAAUUAGUCGAGUGGACUUCUCGUCCCCUAUAAGCGAGAAAGUGUUCGCAGAAAUACACCAAGCUAUAACAAAGUACGGGGUCCUCGUCUUCCGCAACACAGGGCUCACAGACGAGGGCCAUAUUGCUUUCUCUCGGAAAUUCGGGGAACUGGACGAUGUGAUGCCAUACAUUAGCGCUGGUCGGAAGCACCGUCUCAAAUACCCUGAGCUUUUCGACGUCAGCAAUGUCGAGGCCGAUGGGUCAAUCCUGGACCCCGCAAGUCCACGAGGCCAAGCGAAUAAGGGAAAUGAUCUCUUCCAUGUGGACUCAAGCUUCAACCCCCGUCGCGCUGGGUAUUCGUUGCUGCUAGCGCACGAGCUGCCACCGAGUGGCAUGGGUGGCCAUACUGCCUUUGCAGACACAAGGUCGGCAUUCAAUGACCUCCCCUCGGAGCUUAAGAAGAGGCUACUGGAUAAUGACUAUGUGGCUUGCCACUCCAUACACCACUCUCGGAAGUUGGCCGCCCCUGAAGCCUUUGCUGGCGUCAACCCGCUAGACUAUCCCAUGGGUCGACAUAAACUGGUGCAGCGCCAUGAAGCCUCAGGGCGCAUGAACUUGUAUAUUGCGGCCCAUGUGCACCAUAUUGAGGGGAUUUCACCGGAGGAGUCGCGGGCAUUAUUUACUCGGCUUUUUGAACAUGCCACUCGCGACAGCAAUACGGUGGAGAUCGAAUGGCAGGCGCCAGGCGAUUUGGUCGUUUGGGAUAAUACCUGCACUAUGCACCGCGCUGUUGGAGGGCCCUUUCUUCGUCAAUACAAGAGAGACAUGAGGCGGACAACCGUCCAUGAUUCCAGCUUGACAGCCUGGGGUUUAAAUGAACACACUGAUGUUCGGCAAGGUUUGCCUUGAACAAGCCUGUGCUGUGUGGAAUGAUAUUUUCUUAUGAUCAUCUACACUCAGACUUGGCAGGUUUCCUUUGUUCUACUUUUCUGGCAUCCAGUAUGUUCAGUACGUAGAUAAUUAAUGGAUGAUAACAAUAUGUUUCGAAAUAUU